AUUAGUGAGUUAAACUGUAUUGAUUAACAAUGAAAAUUGUGAUUCUUUUUGCUUUUAUCUGCAAUGUUGCACUUGCAGCUCAUAUUUACCCGGAAUACUUAAAACAAUAUCGUUGCAAGGCAUCUUCGGAAAAUUUUAGUGACUGCUUUCUAAAUAAGCUCAGGAACACUCUUCCUUAUUACGUUAAAGGUAUUCCGGAAUUAGAUAUACCUCCAUUUGAUCCGUUUAUGCUGCCUCUAUAUAGUCGCAAUGUAAAUAUUUUGGGAAACAAGAUUAGUGCAACUUUCAAAAAUUCAAUUGUAACUGGAUUAAGAAACACUAUUAUUCAUAAUGCCAAGGUUGAUCUUAAAAAGAAUUAUGCAGAAAUAAGCGUUACUAUUCCUUGGUUGGAUAUGGCAACAGAAUAUGAUAUUUCUGGCGAAUUCUUUUCAUACCCAAUAGAUGUAAAGGGUACUUUUAAGGGAAAUAUAACUGAAAUUCAACUUUUUUCAAAAUCUACUUUACAAACUUACAAAAAAGACGGUGAAGAUUAUUAUAAAUUUGAUAAAAUAAACCAAAAAAUACAGAUAGGUGGAGGUCGCAUUGAAAUAACAGCUACAGAUAAAGAGCUUAUGCCGAUAGUUCAAACUAUAGCAGAAUAUUUUAAUGAGCAUCCCAGAGGAUUUUUCAACUUAAUAUUGCCAUUUACAUUGGAAUACGCACAAGAUCUACUCAGAGAAUUUGGAGAUGAAUAUUUAGCCAAUCUUCCUGCUUCUGAAUGGUUACCGCAGUAGAAUCAAAUAAUAAUAAUCAAAUCAAAUACUUAUUUUUAAGCAUUUCCGUAAAAUUUACACGUUAAUUUGCAUUACUUUUAACUUUUUCGCUACAAAGAACAAAAAAACAUUUUUUCUGUAAUGAAUAAAUUAUACAGAGUUUCGGACGAAAAUAGGUUGAUACAUUUCGAUUUUAAAUCGAUUUUAAAAAGUAUUUUUGAACCGCCGAUAAAUAUUUUUUUGCAAAAACAAGUUUAAUUUUUGGGUUAGUAAUAAAAGUGGAUGUAAAUAGAUUUUAAAACUUUUAUUUUAUAUAAUUUACACAAUUUACUACAUUUAUUUUUAUAAAAAUAUCUCUUGACUUUUCCGAUAUACGUGUACUUAUUUUAUAUGUAAGAAUAAUAAAUAAAUAAAAAUAAUUUGGUUUC